GUGACGUCGAAUGCACCUCCCGUCAUGCCAUGCGAGGCCCUAGAGUGAAGUGGGAGGAGGGGGAUCGGAGAGACACACACAGCAUCUCCGCCAUAUUGGGACCGUGGGAGAGAUCCAGGACUGGGGAGACCGGACCAGGCAAGUGGGGACCGAGCCUGGAGCUGGAAUUAUAUACAGCUAGACUGCAGCCUGUCAGCUCCACCCACUGCCAGCCUGUCCCAGGCCCCCCACAUAGACAUAUCAAUAUAUAUACUGCCAGCCCCCCCCCCCAUAGACAUAUCAAUAUAUAUACUGCCAGCCCCCCAUAGACAUAUCAAUAUAUACUGCCAGCCCCCCAAUACACUGCCAGCCCCAGACAUAUCAAUAUAUACUGCCAGCCCCCCAUAGACAUAUCAAUAUAUACUGCCAGCCCCCCCAUAGACAUAUCUAUAUAUAUACCAGCCCAACUAGACAUAUCAAUAUAUAUACUGCCAGCCCCAUAGACAUAUCAAUAUAUACUGCAAGCCCCAUAGACCAUAUCAAUAUAUAUACUGCAGCCCCAUGACAUAUCAAUAUAUACUGCAGCCCCCAUAGCCCCCACAUAGACAUAUCAAUAUAUACUGCCAGCCCCAUAGACAUAUCUAUAUAUACUGCCAGCCCCAUAGACAUAUCAAUAUAUAUACUGCCAGCCCCCAUAGACAUAUCAAUAUAUACUGCCAUAUUAUAAGACAUAUCAAUAUAUACUGCCUUGAUACAGCCCCAUAGACAUAUCAAUAUAUACUGCCAGACCCCCCCAUAGACAUAUCUAUAUAUACUGCCAGCCCCCAUAGACAUAUCUAUAUAUGCCAACCCCCAUAGCUACUGCCAGACAUAUCAAUAUACUGUAUUACAUAGACCAAUAUAUACCACCAGACAUAGACAUAAUAUAUACUGCCAGCCCCCAAGACAUAUCAAUAUAUACAGCCCAUAGACAUAUCAAUAUAUACUGCCAGCCCCCCACACAGACAUAGGAGCAUAUCAUAUAUAUACUGCCAGCCCCUCACACAGACAUAUCAAUAUAUACUGCCACCCCCCCACAUAACGCAGACCCCCACGGAACAUAUCAAUAUAUACUGCCAGCAUAGACCCCCAUAGACAUAUCAAUAUACUGCCAUCACCCCCAUAGACAUAUCAAUAUAUGCUGCCAGCCCCCAUAGACAUAUCAAUAUAUACUGCCAGCCCCCAUGGUAUAUACAAUAUACUGCUUAUUUACAUAGACAUAUCAAUAUAUACUGCCAGCCCCCUCACACAGACAUAUCUAUAUAUUCUAGCCCCACAGAACAUAUCAAUAUGUACUGCCAUCAUCUAUAUAUACUGCAGCCCCCAUAGACAUAUCAAUAUAUACUGCCAUAUAUAGCUGCCAUAGCCCCCAUAGACAUAUCAAUAUAUACUGCCAGCCCCCAUAGACAUAUCAAUAUAUACUGCCAGCCCCCACACAGCCCCACAUAGACAUCAAUAUAUACUGCCAGCCCUCACACAGACUAUAUAUUCUGCCAGCCCCACAGAGACAUAUCAAUGUACUGCCAGCCUCCCCAUAGACAUAUAUCUAUAUAUACUGCCGAAAGCCCCCACAUAGACAUAUCAAUAUAUACUGCCAGCCCCCACAUAGACAUAUCAAUAUAUACUGCCAGCCCCCAUAGACAUAUCAAUAUAUACUGCCAGCCCUCCCCAAUAUAUAGACAUAUCAAUAUGUACUGCCAGCCCCCAUAGACAUAUCAAUAUAUACUGCCAGCCCCCAUAGAGCAUAUCAAUAUAUACUGCCAGCCCACUCCCCAUAGACUAUAUAUGUACUGCCAGCCCCCACAGACCUUAUCAAUAUAUACUGCCAUCACCCCCCCAUAGACAUAUCUAUAUAUAUUGCCAGCCCCCCACAUAGACAUAUAUAUAUAGCCAGCCCACCACAUAUACAUAUCUAUAUAUACUGCCAGCCCCACAUAGACAUAUCUAUAUAUAUUGCCAGCCCCCCACAUAGACAUAUCAAUAUAUACUGCCAUCAUCCCCACAUAGAUCAAUAGACAUAUCUAUAUAUACUGCCAGCCCCCCACAUAGACCAAUACAGACAUAUCUAUAUAUACUGCCAGCCCCCCCACAUAGACCAAUACAGACAUAUCUAUACAUACUGCCAUCACCCCCAUAGACCAAUACAUACAUAUCUAUAUAUACUGCCAUCACCCCUAUUCAGAUUCCUCCUCCAUUGCCUGAGACAUCCACAGGGCACACAGUCAGCCCUGCUGAUAUGUCAGAAGCUCCUGAUCAGACUUUAUGUGGAUGGAGCCCAUUGCCAAAUACUGCUGCAUCCAAAUCUAAUGUUAACCACCUCUCCAUCUCCUUGUAAACCCCCCCCCACCCCACCCCCAAAACCCAGUGCAGGGUCGAAGGAAUCCUGUAGUGAAACCAUAUACUCUGCCAGAAAUGGCAAUUAAACACCCUUAUUAAAAACCAAACAUGCAAUGGCUAGUGUUCAGGUCAUUUAUGUUAUGUGGAAAUCUGUCACAGCUCAUGUUAUGCUGAAGACAGACAAAAUAAAUUUAGGUGCUAGCUUUACACUUUAUAUACUGUAUAUAAUCCUUGACAUGUUCUGGUAGAGCUGCCACAGAUUGUUGUCAUUGUGUAGCGGAGAUUACACACACAACAAAUCUCACUCAGAAUGUACACAGUUGUAUAGGAGGAUCCUGUCUGGUGACUUUGCAAAGAAACACAAGCUUUGAAAUAUCUGAAAAUUGCAGAUUUGUGGCUAAAAUCGUGUAUACAUCUGUCUGAACAAUGUAUAAAGAUGUUACAUAGAAGAUUACUAGACACAGAAUAUUUUGAGACAUUAAUAAUGUUUUUAGGCUGUCAGAUGCAUACUUAGUUUUACAUUUUACAAUUAAAAAAUAAAUCUGGAACAUUAAUAUUGUAACAGUACAUUUCUAAUGUAGCAUAUUUGGUAUUAAGAAUUUGCUUAAUCGGAUUGCUCUUUUUUUUUUUUUUUCCUGUACCAAUGUAAUAAAUAAUACUAAAACAAUUGUACCAUGCAUACAUUGAAAACAGAUAUAUCCAUGGUUUGUAAUAUCCGUGCUUAAAUGCUAGGAUUUUGGUCAAAGUGUUAUAUUGCAAAUGGAAUGCAGAAGGAACAAUAGAGAAUAGCUUAUGCCUAGAUAUUAUAAUUAGUUGCAGAUAUAGUAGCAUAUUUGUGGGAUAAUAUUGAGCAGCUGCAAAAUCAGGGGGAAAAAAAUGAUGGUGCUACGCAGUAUGGAGAUGAUGUGCAGGCUGCAUUUUCUCAGCUGAUAAACUAUUUGAUUUUCAGGUCUUGCAUCUCCUAGCCUGGCAUGUCCAUUCUUGUCGUCUCACCAUCUCUCUCUCUCUCUCUCCCCAGCUCUGCACCAUCUGGGUGUAUGCCCACUGAAUGUGUUAAUCGUCCUCCCUCUGCCUGCUCCACACACAUCUUCCAUCCACCAUGGACCAGGAUUAUGAGAGGCGCCUGCUGCGACAAAUUAAUCUCCAGAAUGAGAACACCAUGCCUUGCGUAGGUGCAACUUUUGUAAUAUUGGGUUUAAUUACUUUUAAUGACUCAAGGAACCACAAUGGUAUAAAUCAGUUUUGUCAAUUAAAACUUUCAGUGUCCUGUACAAAAAUUAAGUUUCCUUUGCAUUUAGGGACAGCAGAGCUGCAUAGAGAUGCUGAUACUAAAAAAACAAAACAGAACAUUCCAUGUUGAGAUGUAGGUUUAUAGAGGGAACACACUAGCGUUACAAAUAAAAAUGUGCAUCCGUCCAUAGAAUAUAUUAGAGUACCAUGUAUGCCUUGCUGUGUCUCUUGUCAGCCUCUGUAGUAAAGUUCUGGAGAUCGGGAGUCGUUUACCAAACCUUAGUAAUGAGGCUUGCUGGUACACACAGCGCAGGGAAACAGCCUCUAUUGAGAGCUCGUCCAUUCUAUAGGUGCUAUGGGGAGCAUACUUAAUCUUUAUGUGUAGCUGUAUAUGUGUAUACCAUUUGCUUACAUUGAGGGGGAGAGGGGUGCUUGGAGUGUUUCUUUAACAUUGAGUGACAGAGACUAAUAUGAAGAUAUGUUGAUGUAGCCUGGCAUGAUAUGGCUGGCAGGUAUAGGAAACCUUCGGCACUCCAAAUGUUGUGGACUACAUCUCCCAUAAAGCUGGCAAAGGUGUAGUCCAAAACAUCUGGAUUGCCGAAGAUUGGCUAUGCCUGAAUAGCGUAUUGUUAAAUCUAGUCACCUGAAGUUACAUUUUUAUCUGGAGGCUGUUCAGUGUUAGUCUGUGUUAAAGAAGCACAAUUUAAAAAAUAAAAAUAAAAUGGAUUGUUAGACUUGAGCUUUCCAAAUUUUUUAUUUAUUUAAACAAUAAUGUCGUCACAAAACAUACCUUUGUUCCAGGAAUAGGACAGUCUCUGUGCAUCAGCUGAUUCUCUUCCAAUGAAGUCAUCAAUUAUUACGAUUUUUUUAUUUUUUUAUAUCCAAUUGGAUGCUUUUUAUAGAGAAGCAUUGAGAACACAUGGAUCAUGCAUGGCAGUUGCCACAAGCAUAGUAAAGCAUUAAAUCAAGUCCUGAGAAUCAUCAGCUGUGUUUAUACUCCUUCACAUUGUGCGUGAUGAUGCCAGAUGUUAGAAAAUCAAAGCUCUUAAAGGGAUAAUGUAGGCACUUUAAAUGCUUGAUCUCAUUUAAGUAGUUAUAGUGUCAAGAGUGCCCUGGUGCCACCUUUCCAUUCAGCAUUAAAUCGAUUUUAAUGCUAAAUUACAAUCCUUGGCAGUCCUUGCCCUCUGUGCUGUUUGGGCCAAUUGGGAAACAUUAUCCUGAAUAACAUCAGGCAGCUGUGAGUGGCUGAGAGUGCCAGCUGACUGCUUCGGCCUGUCACAGUGCCCAUUGCAGGUAUGGCAAGAAAGCACUGCUUAACCCCAAAGUUGGCUCUCCAAUGGCGUUCCUUGCUGUCCCUGUCCACGUCUUAUUUCAGAAAAUCAAUGUGAGCAAGCACAGACUGCCGCUGGACAGGAGCACCACUGAAUUUCUUAGAGCAGUACGUACAUUUUAUUUAAAUUUUUUUAGAAUAAGGAGCUACUUAUUUAUUUAGACCAUCAGCUGACCACUCUAAGCCAAUCAGCGGCAGUCUGUGCUUCCUCAAGCUGAUUUUCUGAAACCCAGAUAUGGACCACAGCAGAGAGAGCCUACUUUGGGGUUUAACCCCUAAUGGUAAAGAAGUUCCAGGGACCUCUUAGCCACGUAACUUCUUUUUGGUGAAGUUGUUUUGAUGCUCGGUGCGUUCCUUUAACACUGAAUAUAGGGAUAGUGAAAUGGUUAUAGUGCCUACAGUGUCUCUUUAUGGAGGUAGAAGAUUUAGUGGCUGACAACCUCAAGAGGAGUGUUAUUGGAUAAAUAUAAACACUACCGUUUUAUGUUGUCCAUGAAAAUGGACCACUUCUACGCAGUACCUUAAUAUGUAGUGGUUUUAGUGCUUAAUUUCCCUAUAAGAAUGUGUUUUAACAAGAAUAAAAAAGUGAAUAUUAUCUUGUCUUCAAUGAUGUCCUGAUAUACACAAAUACAAUAUAAUACUGGUGCAAGAUCAUGUAUUUAAACAUAUACAGAGUUAUUCAUUAAGAAUUAUGGAUAAUUUAAAUGGGAAUGGCAGAUUACAGGGCAAAAUAGGUAAGUUGGAGAUUUUUUGUUUAGUAUUGUUUUUUUUUUCUCUUUCAUCUGCUAUUUUUCCAGUAUGGCAUUAGUGGCCCAAGUUUGGAAUUUCCUUAUAAAUAAUUCUUUAUUACAUCUUUUUGUGAAUUAACCCUGAAAGAAAACCAGUAGUUAAUUAUUAGUGGUUGUUACAGGCAGGGUUUGAUUGGACGUACAUUAAAACAGUGUUUUAGUUAUAUUUCCCUAUUUCUUCUACUUUUAUUAUGUUGAAAUGGGUAGCGCAAAAAAAAGGCCUUGCUGAUUUUUUCAUUAAAGGUUUCUGAAUGCCUUCAUUGAGUAACUGAUAGCAGAUCUUUCAGCAGACCUAAAAGAAACAGCUGCCCCUUUAUUUUGGGAAAUUAUUUGCUCCCCCUCCCCCCUAUUCCCUCCUUUUUUGACUUUCUCCCUCCACCAGGACACAGUCACCUCCUCCCCACCCCACCCAGUUAUCAAUAGGUUAACAUUUGAGUUUCCCACCCUCCUUUGUUAAUCCAACCUGGGCUUCAUCAAGUGCUUUAUAUGCUGGGAGUCUACUGGAUAGUCAGCUUGCAGACACACAUGGUCAUAGUGUGGGAAACUUUGCAUUAGUAGAAUGAAGAGACGAGCUUGCAGGCCGUUUAGUGUCAUCCAGGACUGCAAUAUAGGGGUAACUAUUUGCGUUUACCAGCAGAUCUAAUGGAUAUGUUUGCAUUAAAUCCUCUGGUUGUGGUUAUUGUAUGAUGUUUGUUAUAGUCUAGCAACUACUUUUAGUUUAAUUUGUGAUUUUGUAGCCUUUCUAGAACGUUAUAUAUAAUGUGUAUUUUGUAAUGAUGCCAGCUUUGUGGUGUCUACUAAAGUUAGAUAUUGGUAGCAUCACCUCUGAAGUUGCAUCAUAAAAAUGAAGCCAAACAUAUUUUGUUAAACAAAACUGUUAUUCCCAACGUAACGAGAAGUUAAAAAAAAAAAAAGGUAAAACUUUUAAUGUUGUUGGUUUUUGAGAACUUUUAUAGUGUUCAGGUGAAUCAAUCACUGUCUACCAUUCUGAUUGAAAAGUCUGUGAUUGCAUGUGGGAUUGCUUUAAAUGCCUGAUUAAGGACACAUAUGUUGCCUAUUAUUCAAACUUCUUAGUUUUUGAUGGGAACACUUGUGGAAUAGAUUUUCUGUAGGGCUAGAUUGACCUCAUUGUUUUCCUGCAAAAUGCAUCUGUUUUAUCAAUUAAAUGUCAUGAGAAUUGCAUAUUUGCUGAACACUACAUAGAAGUGAUUAAUUUGAUAUAGAUAGAGAUAAAAAAAUUAUAUAUAUAUAUAUAUAUAUAUAUAUAUAUAAUUUUUUUAUUUUUUUCUUGUGUUUUAGGUAUAUACUUUAGUAGGGUAACUUAUGUAAAACCUAACAAGUUAACUAUUACUGCAUUUUAAUAUUGGCAGGGUUAUUUAACAAUGGGAGAAUUGUGAAUGCAUACAGGGUUAUUAACUUAAGUGUGAAUUUCAAGUUUUAAGAUCAAAAUAGCAGAGCCAGGGAAAUUCUCUAAGCCAACUAUGCUGCCAACUUGGCUACUUCGGCCAUACAUUUUAAAUUGCCUUUGAUUUCUCACUUUAGUGAAUUUUAAAUUUAAGGCCAAAACAAGUUCUGCUUCCAGUUUGACUAUUUUGGUCUUACAUGGGGACAUUCACUUCAAACUCCUGACAAUUCCUACUUCAGCAAAUAACUCUGUGGGUGUUUAGUGCAUAAUAGGCAUGUUUGCUUGUUAGUCUUCACACUGAGUACAAUAAACACUAUAUUUCCUUAUGCUGAUUACAUAUAGUUGCUCUUUACCCCUUUUGCAGGUAGCUGAGAUUAGACGAACACUUACCCCAUCAAACUCUCCAAUAUCUUCUCCAAGUAAACAUGGAGAUAGAUUUAUACCAUCCAGAGCUGGCGCCAACUGGAGUAUCAAUUUCCAUCGGAUAAAUGUAAGUAACGCUUAAGGAGAGCUGUUUGGAAGGUUGCUGGGUAUGAUUGAGCUUUGUGUAAUAAUCCAAAGUUUCUAAAAUGCUCUGUGUGUGUGUGUAUAUUUAAGGGACAAUAGAAAGUUGUGGUUUUGGGUUUUUGGCAGGGGGGUUCCCCUCCCCCAUGGUUGCACAAAACAUUUUUUUAUUAAUCUGUAUAUUGCUCUGUGACAUAAUCGGAGGGAUGGAGUCUAGUACUUCUCUACACACCCUACUGUGAUGCAGCACCACAACUUGUCUAGCAGGCUUCCAUCAAAUGAUUAAUUCUGCCACCAUUCUGAUUGCGUUGGAAGUGAAUAUUCACUGCAUGAGCUGUCUGUUCCUAGGGUGUACAUCAGUGAAACAUUGCCCUGAAUUGCUCCUUUAUCAAUGAAGAAAUAAUCAUUUGGACAUCAUACUCUGUCUGUACUUGUAUCUACAAUCUCAAUGUUCCUCCUGUAAUAUGCAGGGGGGGGACAACCAAAACAACAUGCAUAAAUGUUAUUAAGGGCUACCCAUACAUCCAAGAUGGUGAUUUCUUGAACAAAUUAGAAGGUGCUUAAAGGGACACUGUAUAGUCACCCAGACCACUUCAGCUCAAUGAAGUGGUCUGGGUGCCAGGUCCCUCAGGUUUUAACCCUUCAGAUGCAAACAUAGCAGUUUCAGAGAAACUGCUGUGUUUACAUUUGGGGAUUAAGCCAGCCUCUAGUGGCUGUCUUCCUUACAAACACUAUAGGCGCAUCUGAGACACUGGAGGCAUAUUAUGCCUCCAUCGUGCAGAGCGAAUGGUUUCCUAUGGACACUUUGAAUGCGCGCACGGCACUUGCCGCACAUUCGGCUCCGCUGACGUCAGUGGAUGAGGAGAGGUCACCAGCGCCGAGGGAGCCCGGCGCUGGAUUAAGGUAAGCUGCUGAAUGGGUUUUAACCCCUUCAGUGCCACGGGAGGGGGAACCGCUUUGUUUUUCUGACACUAUAGCGAUCCUUUUAGAUUAAAUGUCCACGUAGAAAUCUUACUGCCAAGUCUGUCCCCUGAAAGGAACUGGUAAACUUGUUUUAACAAAAGUGUGUACUUGUUCCUAUUUUGUGUCUUGAGUGUUUUGAAUUUAAUUUUAAAUGGAUACUUAAAGGGACACUAUAGGCACUCAGACCACUUCAACUCAAUCAAGUGCUCUGGGUGCAAUGUUUCCCUAGCCUCUGGUAGCUGUCACUCUGAUCACUACUAGAGACACUUCCAACAAAAUCGAGUAAAACUUGUUUUUAUUUAAAUCAGAUGGUCUCAUGACGACCAUCUUAUUCGAGUAGCCUUGAAUGCUUUCCUAUCAGAAAGCAUGGGAUUGACUGAGCUCAUCAAUAUUGGAGUGUUUCUUGUCACAUGUCUGAAGCAUCGAGCAGACGGUUUUAUUUGCAUUUACUUAUAGAUAUAACUGCUGUUGCGUCUGUAGCUGCAUAUCUCAUAAAAACUGCUGAGCAGGGAUUUAUGUGAUCUGAUCAUCUCUUACUGAAAUCUCUGGGGUGGGUAGACUUGGCUACAGAUGUUAAAGGGACACUAGGCUUUAAAACAACUUUGGCUUAAUGAAGGUGUUUUGGUGUAUAGAUCAUUCCUCUGAAGUUUCACUGCUCAAUUCUGUCACUUAGGUGUUAAAUCACACGUUCCCUGGCUGUGACUGAUACCGCCUGCAUUUAAAAAAAGGUUUAUUUUUCAAUCAAAUGUAAACUGGCUUUAGGAGUGGUGUGGGUUUUUAUUAUAUGAAUGUGGAGCUGCUUAUUCCUCAGCUUGCCACUCUAGCCAAUUGGCUGCGCCCCUGCCUGGAGGACCUGGAGAUCAGCGGUUUAAUCCUUUUAAAGGGACACUAUGGUCCCAGGAACAACUAUAGCUUCAUGUUAUUGUUCUUGUGUCUAUAGCCUGUCCCUGUAAGCUUUUUGCUGUAAACACAGCCUUUUCUCUGAAAGGGCAAUGUUUACAUUAGUGAGUGACUAGGGACACCUCCAGUGGCAGUCAGGACGUGGAGAUGCUGAACUUUCUUCAUAGAGAUGCGUUGGUUCAAGUUUUUUAUUCUUUAUUUUUAAGAGCAUAGGAGAUAUACAUCACAGGUGUGCUUUUGGUAAGGGCGACCUGUCACAGAUUAACCCCUUAACACCGGAGGGCGUACUAUUACGCCCUAUUUUAAGCGACUCUAAGCGCCGCCGGGCAUAAUAGUACGCCCUCUGUUUAUUGAUUUUUAUUUAUUUGGUUUUUUUUUUCUUACCCGAGAGCCCCCCCUGCGGCACAUCCGACCUCCUGCAGUGAGGUCACAAGCAUGUUUUCCUGGCACUGUAGUGGUCCUUUAAAUUGUUUCAUAGCUAAAUAUUUGAUAUUUAAUGAAAGCCCUGUUUCCCCUGAAUAAAAUUGUGUAUAUAAUAAGUGUGGGUGCAUUUAAUAUGAAAGAGGUGAACUACGGUUGGACAGACAUGUAGCGCAAAUGUUUUGUUCACAACGUGUACAUUUGGCUCAGUCCUUAAGGGGUUAAAUAAACCAUCAAAGUAUGGCAUAUUCAAUAGUACAUAAUACAGUGGUAUGCUUGAUACAAGCCAUGAUUAUAAUGUUAAGGGCGGGACAGGAAUACAUUUGUGUUCCUUUAAGGUAAGCUUUCACCUGAGGGCCUCCUGGCACCAUAACAACUUAAUUUAGACACUUUUUAUGGGGACAGGAUUGUUUCCUUUAAUACAGUGGGAUGAAAUCCUAUAGUUACUACGUUUCGGUCUGCUUAUUGUAGGAGUGUUCUGAGCACAGCUAAGCCUGGCAUUCUCUGGGUUAGCUGCAUUAAAGGACCACUAUAGUGCCAGGAAAACAUACUCGUUUUCCUGGCACUAUAGUGCCCUGAGGGUGCCCCCACCCUCAGGGUCCCCCUCCCGCCCGGCUCUGGAAGGGGGAAAGGUGUUUAAACUUACCUUUUUCCAGCGCUGGGCAGGGAGCUCUCGGCCUCCUCCGAUCCUCCUCCUGGGCUGAAUGCGCGGCAAGCGCUGCGCGCGCUUUCAGCCGGUCGCAUAGGAAAGCAUUAUCAAUGCUUUCCUAUGGACGCUGGCGUGCUCUCACUGUGAAAAUCACAGUGAGAAGCAUGCAAGCGCCUCUAGUGGCUGUCAAUGAGACAGCCACUAGAGGCUUUGGGGGAAGGCUUAACCCAUUAAUAAACAUAGCAGUUCCACCGCAAUUGUGGGCCUGCGCGCCCGGUUGGCCGAUAUAAAAAAGUUAUGCACAUGUUGUAUUUUGGUUAUUGUGCCCUAAAGGCUUACGGAGACCUGCGAGUCUCAAUGUGACUAAUGCUCGACAAUAUAAACCGAAAUAAAAACAUAUUUAGUCUGGGUGCCUAGAGUGGUCCUUUUAAACAGAUUUGCAGAGGCUGUGUUGAAAUAAAUAUACAGUUUAGAAUGUUUUUGUACAAAGUUGUUUUAACCCUGGCCAACACUCCUUGCUUAAAGGUGACCUGUCACUAUGUAUAUUUUUGCACAAUCUAAUAGACAAGUUGUUUUUGUAUUUAUUUUUUAUUUUGGCAUGUCUAGUUUACCAGACCUAGCUAGGGAAUACCACUUAAACUCUUCAAGUGUCUAUGCAUGGGUACAUCAACAUUUACAGCGCUAUGAAAUGUCUUUUGAGUAUGUACCCUGUCCUUGUGCAGCAUGGGGUAACCGUUUCGCCAUGAACACGGAAUUGAUAGAGGCAAGUAUUUUUACUUGUUUCCUUUGCCCCACUAAACACUACUGAAUUGGGACAUGGAAAAGUCUACCAAAGAGCUGACCGUUGACUUUUAAUAUGUUGAGUUUUUUUUCUCAUAAGAGUACCUUGGUAAGUUUCCAUAGGAAAUCGUUGAAAUACAUGUCUUUGCUCGGGAUGUUGUUUCUGCACAUGCUGUCUGCUACUCCUGGCAUUAGCAGACUAAUCGUUGGUGCUGAAUGUGCUCAAUUUUGUCUCUUUGCAUAAUGCGUUAAAAACCAUUGUGUAGUGUUAAAAUAACUCUUUAGGUGUGUCUCCUUCUCCCUGUGCAGUAGAGUAUUUAAACUCUCCCCCAUAGCCAGUCAUGAUGUUAACUAAGCGUUCUAAAGCACUUUUUAUGUGCAUUGCACUUUGUUGUUUCUCCUACAAAGUCAAUGCACAUAAGUCAAUAUCUGAAUGACUAUUCACAGGAAGCAUUCAUGACACAAAGUACAGAAAAAAGGGUAACCCUGCAGAUUGGAAAAGGAUACGGUCAGAAAAGAUUUGUUUAUGGUGCAAAGAAUGUUAGAGGAACUGCGGUAUUAACGGGGUGUUUUGGGGUUUUAUUCCCUGUGGGGCAGAACAUUUGUAAGUGAAUGCAUGGUUACCUUGUGGUUAUCCUCUAAAUUUUUAAAGGGAGAAAAAAUCAAAUGUGCUGUUACAUGGGAAGGGGAAAUUUUUUUUUCUUUCAGUAGAGAUCACUACUGUAGAGCAGGUCAUUUUGCAUGGUAAAUAAGAAUUUAUUAAAAUAUACGGAGGCUCUCUUCCCAAAGAAAGGUAUUAAGUAAAACGAUAGAAUAUAUAACUAAUCUAUAUGGAUUCUGGAGGGGAGGGAGGUCACAGGGAGCACAUAUAAGAUUGCAAGAGAUAUUUAUGAUGACUAAAGUACCAUGGCCUGAAUUACAGAAACCCUAACACAACCACACAAGGCGGGUACAUGUGUGAAAUACAAAAAGGAAAACAUUUAAAUGUAUUUUCUCCCCCCAUCCUGUAGGAAAAUGAAAAGUCUCCUAGUCAGAACCGAAAAGCCAAAGAUGCUACUUCAGAUAGUGGAAAAGGUAUGUUACUCAAAUGUGUAAGCUUGUUUACGUUCUAAUAUUUUGAAUCGAAGAUUUUACCAUUUUGUUACUAUUUCAUUCAAUAAAACUGUUCAGUGGUGUCCAUAGAUUAAAACUGCAGAACGCAGUGUGCACUUUCCUCCACAUGGGGGCGCAGAGUACCUGGAAUUUUUAUUGAAUUGAAAACCAAGUAAAGUGAACCUUUCAUUCACAAUAUGUACAUAUAAGUGUAAUGGUGUCUGGAAACUGAAAGAGCUGCAUUUUCAUGUGACCACCCUUAUCAAUAUGAGUGAGGGGAAGCCAGAUCUCACAGACGCAGUGCAGCUGUUCCAAACCUCCGUGUUUUUUUUUUUUUUGUGUGUCUUUACAUCUGUACCAAUAAGUAUAGGAUUCGAGUUCUUUCUUAUAACUCCUGUGGUUCCCUUGAUCUGCAUACUGAUCACGUUGUGAUCCAUUUCCUUCUCCCAGAUGGAUUGGCAUAUUCUGCACUUCUUAAGAAUGAGUUGUUGGGUGCUGGGAUAGAAAAGGUGCAAGACCCCCAGACAGAGGAUCGUCGUCUUCAGCCUUCCACACCAGAGAAAAAGAGCUUGUUUACGGUAAUUCUUUAGUGUUUCUGGUUUUAAAAGGGAUAGUAUUGGGGGGGGGGGGAUUUUCAAACGAAAAGUUUCCGUUAAGUCUUCACGUAACAUUACAUGCUGUGGUACUUUAUGGUGUCGUCCCUUUUGUGCAUCUGACCGUUUCUGGGAGUUUAUACCAAAACAAUGGUUUACCAAGGCACCCCGGCCACCUGCUCAUCUGUCACAAAUACAAAAGUUCCACUUCCACACAAGAAUGGUCUUUUAUCCAUAUUUUUAAAACCAUCUUUUGACCUUUCAGCUGACAUUGAGAAUGCCCAGCAGUAAAGCAUUCUCAAUAGAUGAGAAGACCAGGUUACCUCUACCCAUGAAGUGAGGUCACCAGGUUCAAAUAUACACCAGAACAAAAAGGGAUGAGGGAGGUGGAUAAUUUUAAAUGGUUAUAAAAGUUAAUGAAGUAUAUUAUUUAAUUUUUUUUUUUUCCACAUCAUAGUAUUCUCUAAGUUCAAAGCGAUCGAGCCCAGAUGAUGGUAAUGAAGUAUCUCCAUAUUCCCUGUCACCAGUGAGUAACAAAAGGUAAAUAUGGAGUGUGUUUUCAGUAUUCUUCCAAUGCCAUGAUUACCAGUUUCCGCCACUAACCUGAAUCAUCUCUUGCCUUUUUAGUCAGAAACUUCUACGUUCUCCACGAAAGCCUACACGCAAAAUUUCCAAGAUACCUUUUAAAGUUCUGGAUGCACCUGAAUUGCAAGAUGACUUUUACCUUAACUUGGUGGACUGGUCAUCUCUUAAUGUGUUGAGUGUUGGCCUAGGAACCUGUGUAUAUUUGUGGAGUGCAUGUACCAGCCAGGUGAGUAAGCUUGUUUGGAAGCAUUACCUCUAAGUGCAUGCGUAACACUUGUGAGAGAAGUUCUGUGUCUUGUUGCUCCAUGAUCCAGGGAUUCAUUAUCGUACACUCAAAAAUUAAAUCUAUAUGUAUCUUCUGUUUCUCUAGGUGACCAGGCUCUGUGACCUCUCUGUAGAAGGUGAUUCUGUUACCUCGGUGGGGUGGUCUGAGAGGGUAAGUGAGAGCAAUGCAUAGCUUUUGGUAUUUUUGCUUAAAUGUACAGUCAGGGCCAAUGUGCAGUGACCACUAACCUGUACUGAGAAGUGUAGAUCCACUUUCACUGUGCAAUUUGCAUACAGUGCAUCUGUUCAAAAAUACAUUUUAACAAAACCUUUUAGAGGGAGUAACAAUUCUUGGUUUUUGCUAAACAUUGUCUGCCGCUAUAUAAAUUAGUUAUUUUUUUGUGUGUGUAAGGAACACUAGCGUUUGGAAUACAAACUAUAUUCCAAACAUUUUGGUGCCCUGGUCACACAUGCACCUUGUCUGUGGCUUUUCCAGGAUCAAUGAUCCCAGCCUUCGCAUUGGAAUGCCAAUAUGCAUGCACAACAAACUGCCAUGCUGUGCCAAUUAGAUGCUCUCUCUGAAACACUUCACUGUGUUAACCCUGCAAAGAAAAUAUUGCUGUUCCUGGGUGCUUAUAGUGUUCCGUUAAAGGGACACACUAGGCAUCAAAACAACUGUCUUAAUAAAGCCGUUUUGGUGUAUAGAUCCUUACCUUGCAAUCUGUCAUCCAGUUAGGUGUUAAAUUACUCUUGUUUAUGCAGCCCUAGCCACACCUGCCCUGGCUGUGUCUUGCGCAGCCUGCACAAAGAGAAAAUAAUUUCAUUUUCAAUCAGACCAAUUGCUUUAGAAGUUUGUAUCCUGCUCUGUAAAUUGAACUUUAAUCACACACCCUGAAAACUUCUACAGUAUCUAGAAGGCUAUUAACUGUGGAGGAGAUGAGAAAUUCUAAAUUAAACAGACUGUUAUAAAGGAAGUUUUAACAUAAGAUGUUUAGGAAGGCUGUGCAAGUGACAUGCAGCGAGGUGUGACUAGGGCCGUGUAAACCAUGAUUUGACAUCUAAAUGGCAGAUAACUGACUGCAGGAGCAUGAUCUGUACAUCAAAACUGCUUCAUUAAACGUUGUUAUGGUGCCUAUACUGUCCCUUUAAUCUAAAUUUUACCAUUUGAUUUCCAAAUUGUAACUGUAGCCAAGUUAGUAAUUUUGCAACAUUUCACAAUUUGGUUUUCAGUUCACUGCAUUUUAGUGUGUUUGGUUUUUUUUUUUUUGGUUUUUUUUAAUGACGGCAACCAUAUUCACUUUACAUUAAUGACUAGAUGCAACCCAAAUAGCUAAAGAAAUAAUGCCCACUUAGCAUGGCUUUAUGGGAAGGUCUCCCAUGUCCCCAAAGCAAAUGGUAAUAUACAUACAGAUCAGACAUUUUCAAAAACAAAACAUAUUGCGCUAGAAACGCCCUCCCCUCCAGCUAGAUAUUGAGAUGUUCCUUGCUAAUUGGGGAAACAAAGACAAAGUAGAAUCGGAUGGGGUUCCCAGGACUUCAGCACCAAUCUGUUUGUAUCAGUUAUUUAACAUUAGAAUAGCUGCAUAAUCCUUUUGUGUUCAGCAGUUGAUGGUUCUGCGAGUUUUCUAGUUUAGUUUAGCCUUCUGGGAAACUGGCUGCUGUGAGUUUGCAUAACUGUAGCUGACAAAUCACAUUUGAGAUGGCUGCUUUAUCAGUUUCCCUUCUGUCAUUAGGUUUCCUGGAAAAACCCACAGGAUUUAGUGCAUCUCCACCAUUCUCCUGUGGGUUGGCCCGAGUUUGUGCUUAAUAUGCAGUUUCAUGACAAUAGAACCUAGCUUUGUGUGUGGAAUUGGACUGAUCCAUGGAAUAAAGAAUCUCUCUCUGCUGGCAGCAACAUCUGUAAACAAACGUAGUAUAUGAGCAGGCAUGGAUGUUUCUUAAAUACGGUAUCCUUUCGGCUGGGUCUUAGGAGCCACAGCAACUUGUCUAGUGCUUAACCUAAUCAAGAAUGGUACAAAAAAUAGACUGGUUGAACUACCGUCACAUCUAAUCGGAUAAAUUCACAGUGUAUCUAAACCAGGGGUUUUAGAUACUUUGUAAAACUCUACAGCUACCAGCUGGCUAUAGAAAGGCUUGUUGGAGAAGUAAACGUUGCCCACCUAAGUAGUUCUCUGGAACAUUUAAAAUGUUAAAUGCACAUGCCAUGGUGGUCAAAAAUCAGUUAGAUGUCUGUCACGGAGGCUCGAAAGUUCUUGUUGGAAGCCUUUUUUAGGUUUUUACAAACCCUACCAUCUCUUUUCCUGCCUAGCCUGUGUAUCUGGCUGAUAUUUGGUCAUAUUUUGACACCGCAGAACACCUGAUGUUAAAGUGUCUGUCACCUCAAACCUGCCUUUCUCCUAUGUUUUUCCUCUUUCAGAAUCUGUUCUUUUCUUACUUUCUGAUCCAUUUCUCUUUAAAACCUUAGACAAAGGAGGGAUACGAUGUCUUCUGUUUUCCUACUUACAUAAGCAGUCCCUACUUUCUAUUGUUUUAAAGAGAAAUAGAUCAGAUAUUGAAAGUAGAGAUAUAUAUAUUACACACACACACACACACGGUAAGUUUAAGGUGACAAAGCUGCUUUUAUUUCACUUUGGUUUGUUUAUCUCGAUUCUAAUGGUACAGUGACCUCCAAUUUUCAUUGUCUCCAAGAACACCAUAGAUGCUCAGUUUUUCCAUUAAUAUUUUUUUUUUUUUUAUGUUCUCAAAGAAAUAUCAAAACCCAAACCUUACAAUACGAUGCUUACAUUUUAGCUUUACCCAGUUAUAUAUUUAAAAUCAUUACUGGGAAUAAGUGGAAUAAAGCCAUGUCUGGAUUAGGAUUAAUAGAUUUUAUCCAAUAUGACCGUUGCAAAUAUUUAAAGCUAUGUCUCCAAACGAGAGAGGGUUUGUAGGUGAGUCACCUCAGCUUGGAGUAUUCCUAUAGGUAAUGUCUGAGAUUAGGAUACAUUUAUUUUGUGAAAUUGCUCAUUACCAAAGUUUCUUUGAGAGCUGGAAGAAUGGAGUCUGAUAAUGCCACCUUUAGGUCAUCCACAAAAAGACCAAAGGUGCUGAAUAUGGUGGAGAUAUAGGAUAUUUGGAUUAUUACGAAGGCUAUCACCAAGGGCUUUAAAGCUAAAUCAUAUAAUACAUGGGAAAGUGGACAGCCUUAUCCGGAGUCAUUGGAGAUGACAAAGGAAUUAAAUUUAAAAAAAAAAAAGUAUUACAGAGGAACAUUUGUAUAACAGUUUAACUGUUUAAGAAACCUGGCAGGAAUCCAGAGUUACCAAAAACUUCUCGUGUAUACCCACAACGUACUCUAUCAAAGCUUAUUCCGCGUCUAGAGAGAUGAGCAGGCAACUUUGAGAUGGAUGAGAGUGAUGGAUUACAUUAUAUUUUUUUUGCGUAUUGGUACAAAAUCCACUUGGUCAGGGUGUUUCAGGAUAGUAAUAUGUGCAUGCGUGAAUUCUUUAGGGAUUGAACAUUCCGUAAUGUUGAAAUUUAAGUGAUGCAAAGUAUGGUAAAAGAAUAGCUGAAAAUGUUUUGUAGUAAAGGCCAUACAGGCUGUCUGGCCCUUGAAGUUUAUGCGGUUUCAGUGGCGCAAGAGUGUGACCAAAUUGAGAUCUAUAGAGAAGACCAUAGGAUCCUCCGUAGACACAGCCAGUUCCUUGUAGUCAUCACGAUUGACACUUGGACUCCACCAUCAGUCUAAGAACGUCAGGUGAAGGAGAAAUACAGACGACAUUCCUACUUUGUCUCUUUAGAUCUCUUACCUGGGUUGGAGUUUAAGUGAAAUUCAAACCCUGUCAAAAUGAGUAUUUGACAAAGAUAGACAUGCGUUCCCUGAUUUUGCUGCGGGCAUAUUGGGUCCCUGUGUUUGUCUUGUGGGAGCGCCGUAAUGUGUGUCAGCGCUAAGUCUGGAAGUUGCGGAGCACGUCAGUCAUUGACCUCCCAGUGAACAGAUUCAUGAUCUUUGGGAUUUACGAUGAGGCAUUGUGCAAGAUUUUUAUAGCGUCCAUCAACUUAUUUCAACAUUAACUGGAAGCUAGUGUUGUUUCUGAUGGUUGAUUGGCUUUUCUUAGAUUUCUGCUUAAAACUGAGCAAUCCUAAAUCUGUAUUUAUCCAUCUACACAGGGAAAUUUAGUGGCUGUGGGCACGCAUAAAGGCUUUGUUCAGAUCUGGGAUGCGUCAGCUGGGAAGAAGUUGUCUACGCUAGAGGGACACACAGCUCGAGUGGGUAAGGAAUUAAGUAAAAAAUCUUGUUGUCAAUUAAAUUCUUGUUUAUUUUAAAUGUUUUGUUGUCUACCCUGCCCAUGUAAAAGGCACCCGAGAUAACCCCCAUACAAUCCUAACUGUUCUUGGAUUUCACUACUAUAGGAGCUUUGGCUUGGAAUGCUGAUCAGCUAUCUUCUGGGAGCAGAGACAGGAUGAUUCUGCAACGAGACAUCCGUACCCCACCUAUCCAGUCUGAAAGGAGGCUGCAAGGUCACAGGCAAGAAGUGUGUGGGCUGAAGUGGUCCACAGAUCAUCAACUCCUGGCUUCUGGAGGGAAUGACAACAAGGUACAAGCUUGUACCACUAAUAAAUAGUUCUUGAUCAGGUCUUUAAUUGCUUACCGUUUUGUUUCAGGGAUUGACUAAUGUAUAAACGUUUCUUGUAAUCUGCUUUAGCUCCUGGUUUGGAAUCACUCUAGCCUGAGCCCCGUCCAGCAGUAUACAGAACAUCUAGCUGCAGUGAAGGCUAUAGCAUGGUCCCCACAUCAACACGGUCUGCUUGCAUCAGGUGGGGGCACUGCUGAUCGCUGUAUCCGCUUCUGGAACACACUUACUGGCCAGCCCCUGCAGUGUAUAGAUACUGGCUCGCAGGUCUGCAACUUAGCCUGGUCUAAACAUGCCAAUGAGCUGGUGAGUGUUGGUUCACUACUGAAGAGUAUAUUCCUUACUAAUGAACUAAUAUCUAGACAUUUAAACCAUUUCUGUUUUGUCUCUCUCUCUCUCUCUCUCUCUCCUUUUAACAGGUAAGCACGCACGGUUACUCUCAGAACCAGAUCCUAGUGUGGAAGUAUCCAUCACUCACACAGGUGGCAAAGCUUACCGGACAUUCCUAUCGAGUUCUUUAUCUGGUAAGUUACUCUCCUAAAAUCUCCCUGUCUGUACAGUAUUCCUCAAGGGGAACAGUUUCUUCCCAGGAUUUAGAACACUUACUCAAGAUGUAAUUUAUUUAUUAUAUUUUUAUUUUUUUUAUAUAUACAAGGUUAAAAGAAUACUGAGCAUCUCAUGGGGAGGAGAGGGGGAGGGGAGGGAGUUAACACAAUGGUUUUUAUUCAGUGAUGUACAUUCCAGAGAAGUGAAUUUUUUUUAUAUAUAUAGAUCUAUAUAUAUCUCUGACUCCAUUGAAAUGAUUAGAUUACCUAGACUUGGAAUUCCCCUUAAGUUAGCUUUUUAAAAGUAUGGCGGGUGCAUGCCUGCACUAAUAUAGUUUGUAAAACUGCAUUCCUAAAUGGCUCCAGGCAAGCAACGUCUUUCCAGGAUUGUUUGGUAACGCUGUGUUUUAAAUCUGCUGCUGGACUUUUAACCCCUUUCCUGUAGAACGCUGUGUGCGAGAUGCUGAAAGUACUUUUGCUGCACAAAUAAGUGUUUUUUUAGCUUUAAUUUACACUUACUCUAAAUGUCAACUUCAAAGCUCACAGAAUUUUUUAUUUAACGAAACCUAGACAAAAUUAGCUUUUAGUUGCAGUAUAGGAUCAUGCAUUGGCAUUGUGGCAGGCUUUUGCAAUGAACCCCAUUUUUUGCAGAUUGUGUCCUAGCAACCCAAUGCUUGCUCUUUUGAGCUUAACCCACUUAAGAAAUCCUUCCUUCUAAAGCUCUGCAGUGCAAGGUUAAAUAGGUCCAUGGAAUUAGGCACCUGUGACAGGGAGUGGUGCAAAGCAACAGGAAUUGGUCUGGACUCUGAAAUUAUAUUUACAUAUGAAACCAAGACAUGCUCACAUUGAGGAAGCUGCAGGAGCAGCACAGAAUAAAAAGAAUAUAUAUAGAGUGUUUUGUUUUUUUUAUCUUAAGCCAAAGUUAAACUUUUCAUGCUGUAUACUCUGAAAACCAGCCACUGUAAUAGACCAAGAUAUCCACAUAGUACUAGGCAGCUCUGUACAUUCUGUAUAUGCCAAGAGCAAAUCAAUAUUAAUCUUCUGUUUCUUCCCAUAGGCCAUGUCUCCUGAUGGGGAAGCCAUUGUUACAGGAGCUGGUGAUGAAACGUUACGAUUCUGGAAUGUUUUUAGUAAAACUCGGUCAACAAAGGUUGGUUGCUUUUGUUAGAAUGGAUUUGGGUUGGUGUGUGUGGUUUUAUGGUUAACUUUAAGUGGUGGGAGAAUCCAACAUAAUGGUGUCCUUUUAGGGGAGAUUAUCUGUUUAACCCCUUAAGGACACAUGACGUGUGACAUGUCAUGAUUCCCUUUUAUUCCAUAAGUUUGGUCCUUAAGGGGUUAACUGAAAUCCUUCGUCCAAGUAUCCCUACAGUUCAAUCAAGUGCUGAAAGGAUUCUUUUUUUGGGUAUUUAAAUGGGAAUGUGUAGUUAAAAAUUGACAUUCCAACUGUAUGUGCAUAAAUAGCGAUAAAGAUGCAUAGCACAGUAAUGCACAUAUGUAUAUUCUUUAAAAUGUUGUUAAUUUUCCCUUUUUCUUCUCUCCUAGGAAUCCGUCUCUGUUCUUAACCUCUUCACGCGAAUACGAUAACUUCACUUCCUUUUUCCUCCCUGAACUGUUUCCAUUCUUGAUAACCAGCUUUCUUCCUGUUCUGGACUCAAUACAGGAGGAUUAAAGACUUUAUAGAAAAUGGAGGCAUUAAAUAAUUAAAAAAAAUAAAUAAAUAUCCGCAUAUAUAUAUUUUGGGGGGAGAGAGAGGUGGGAUGAGAAGGGACCACUCUUUACCGUGGGCUGUGGGGAGGGUUGGAUGGCUCGAUCAUGGCACAACCGCUGGUUAUAUAGCUGUUUGUAAGUGUGUGUAUAAAAAUGCUGAUGUAUCUUAUCUUUUGAUAUUUCCCCCUAGUGUGAUGUUGUGUAGCCCUCUCCAGCUGUCAAAAAAUAUCAUUCAGUCCUCCUCCUAUACAGUGACAUUGCUGUCUCUUUUAAGUGGUACUGAGGGUUACUUGUGAAACUUGCAUGCAAAAGUGGUCCCGAAGGCUCUUACCCCAAAGUACAAUUUGCAGUCUUCUAAAAAAAAGAAAUCAAACCAAAAAACAAACAUUUUACCAUUUUCUCCUAUGAUCUUCGGUUGGGGAGGGCAGUAGUGUGUGCAGAGGGGCUUAUUUUAUGAAUGUUUGAUUUGAAAGUCAGCAAUUCCUAUGUUGCUUGUUAAUAUUAGUGCAAUUUGUUUCAUUUUACAGAUAUUCUGUAUUUUUAAUGUUAAUUUAAUGCUCGAUUUCAGAUCAGUCUCUAAUGAUCGGCUCCCUGUGUUUAAAUUUGUUUUUUUUACAUUUGUGCGUUUUUUGGAGGUGGGAAGAGCAAGAUAUCCUUCAGUUUGUUCAAUGAAAGCACUUAACCUUUAGUUGAUAUGUCCACCUCUAAUUAUACAGCAUUGUAACCUCCACGUCGAGGUUUGAGCAGCAGCCAAUUGGACAGUUUGUGUGUGCUCUCAAGUUGGUUUUGUAUUAUUACCCCCAGAAUGGGGGAAAGGUCCUACUCUUUAUUCUUUGUUUUUAAAGAAGAAAAAAAAAAAAAUAAUCCCAUGCUUGGUGUUGAAAAUGUGAGUUAUUUAUUGUUUCAGUUUGUGUGUAUGUGACUGUUUGUAUAAUACCCUCUACAAAGCCCCAUUUUCAUCAUGGCUUCUGUGAGAUCUGUGGCAUUGCAUUCACUUUGAAGAGUGAAUUUAUUUUCUAUUUUUUUUUUU